UUGGCCUUCCCCAUGGGAAAUUUGGCGGCCCUUCGUACGUUUCGGGUGCUUAGAGCCCUGAAGACUGUGGCCGUGGUACCUGGGUUAAAAACGAUUGUUGGCGCUCUCAUGGAGGCCGUUCGAAGACUUCGUGACGUCAUCAUCCUCACAUUGUUCGUUCUCUCUAUUUUUGCUCUGAUUGGUCUACAGAUAUAUCAAGGUACCCUAAUGAACAAAUGCAUACUCACUCCUGAUUGGAUGGCGUUGCCGGAAGUCAACGAUACCGUUCGUGACGUCACCAUUAAUAACAGUAAUUGGUUGAUUCUUCCUAAUGGGUCUCCUAAGCUCUGCGGAAAUGGUUCGGGAUUGGGAACUUGCCCGCCAACGCACUUCUGCAUACCGGUCGGUUCGAAUCCGAAUUUCGAUUACACGAGUUUCGAUAAUUUCGGUUUCGCCCUGCUCUGUGCCUUCAGGCUGAUGACGCAAGAUUAUUGGGAAAACCUCUAUCAGAUGGUGUUAACGACAAACGGACAGUUCCACAUCGUCUUCUUCAUCCUGGUCAUCUUCAUGGGGUCCUUCUACCUGGUCAACCUGAUACUGGCGAUCGUCGCUAUGUCGUACGAUGACUGCCAGAAACAGGAGCAGUUGGAGGACGAGGGGGAAGAAAAUGAUGACGAAGACGACGAUGACAAAAGUGAUGAUGAUGAUGACGAAGACGAUGAUGAAGUAGUUGUUGGCGAUGGGGGUCUCAAGAUUUACGACGGGGUGGUCUGCAGUGGUGAUGAUGAAAAUGUAGAUAGAGAUCUGGAGAAUUUGAUGAGGGUAAGGUUUUCCAGCCUACGUAGACAAACUCCCACAACGAUACAGCGAAACAGCAACACGUCAACCCACCAACAACCAACGACACAGAACAACAAAACAUCACUGUACCACGAACAAAACUACCUCACAAUACCUUCUCCAGACCCACCCCGCUACAAACAACAACACCCCUACCACCACCCUCCACAACAACAAGAGGCCAGCAGACAUCACCAUGGUAGCUGGGAUGGACUGCCUGUCAUCUACCACCACCAGAACGCCAACAACUUCCCCCAAAAAAGCUUAGCUAACAAAGUAAAAGCCGCUCACAGAGCCAGUUUGAGACGGCAAAGUCUACGGAUGAGACGUCUGUCGGUCGAUGUUGCUCGGACUGCCGCGACAGGCUUCAGCGACGGUGAUCAACUUUUGGCCACUACUGAUGAUGGUUCGAAAUUGGCAUUAAGCAAGGGAAAGCAAGACGCGGAAAAUUUGACAAAGGAGAAAAUUUUUGAGGCAACUCACUUUUUGUGGUUUAAAAAAAAGUUUGUUCCUGAAUCUAAAGAAGAAAAUGAACAACAACUACAGCAACUGCAACCACAACGAAUGCCAGCACAGCAACGACAUUGUCAGACGGACGAUGACGAUGUUGAUGUUGACGAUGAUGAUGACGACGGUCAAAUGACAUCUAUCGCAUACCAAGAAAAAUGCAACUACCUGCUGUAUGGAUGGCAGUGCUGUCCGCAAUGGAUAAAGUUCGCCUCCAUUGUCGAACUAUUUGUCAUGGAUGCCUUUGUGGACCUGUUUAUAACACUGUGCAUCGUCGUCAACACAAUUUUCAUGGCUCUAGACCACGAGGGCAUGUCGGAACACCUCGCUCAGGUCCUUUCCGUUGGAAAUUACGUAUUCACGGCCAUCUUUACGAUCGAAGCCUUCUUGAAGAUAGUGGCCCUAGGCUUGCAGCGUUAUUUGCAAGACAAGUGGAGCUGCUUCGAUCUCAUCAUUGUCGUAUUGAGUCUCGUCGAGUUGGGUCUUUCCAAUAUUAAAGGACUGUCCAUAUUGAGAUCGUUUAGACUUCUUCGAGUUUUCAAGUUAGCGAAAUCCUGGCCGACACUCAACCUCCUAAUUGGCAUAAUAGGCAGGACAAUGGGGGCGCUAGGCAACCUGUGCUUCGUGCUCGCCAUCAUCAUCUUCAUCUUCGCAGUCAUGGGCAUGCAACUCUUCGGUGAAAAUUACACGGUGGAGAAGUUUGGGGAGAUGCCGCGGUGGAAUUUCUCGGAUUUUCUUCAUUCGUUCAUGAUCGUUUUCAGAGUUCUAUGCGGGGAGUGGAUCGAAUCCAUGUGGGCAUGCCUCUUUUGCUCCGGAAUCAUUUGCAUUCCUUUCUUCCUCCUCACCAUGAUUAUCGGAAAUUUAGUCGUUCUCAACCUCUUCCUCGCUCUCCUACUCAGCUCAUUUGGCGCCGAGAGUCUUCAGGGCGCCAACCAAUCAGACGAAAGCGGUGGUGAACCGAAUAAGUUGCAAGAAGCAGUUGAUCGAAUAACUCGGUUCGGUCGGUUCGUCAAAUCGCAUCUACUCGUAUACUUAUCCCAGUCCAGUUCGUCUAUUUCCGUUUCCGGCUUGAAGGAGGAAGAGGAAGAAGAUGAUGAAGAAAAAACAGAAAUAGUUUAUUACAUCAACGAGGAUGAUGAUGAUGAAAUCGAUGAAAACGUCAAUUACAGUGGCAACAACAACAACAACAACAACUGCAAUAAUAAUAAUAACAGCAACAACAAUAAUAAUAACAACAACAAUAAUAAUAAUAAUAACAACAACAAUAAUAAUAAUAAUAAUGUUGAUGACGAUGACGAUUCGAGUUCGUCAAGCGUAUCAUCGCAGCGAAGGGAGAUGAUAAAAUUGAAAAGCGCCUCAAACAACAACAACGACAACAAAGACAAUACAAAACAAGAUGAUGAUGAUGACGAUGACGACGACGAUGAUGAUGUUGACGACGACGAUGAUGAUGAUCGCGAUGGUGGUGGAUUAUUGAACAUAGAAGCCACGGAAGUUAAAAUAGAGUACAUAGUAUAUCCGGACGAUUGCUGUCCAGACUCAGUAACUAUGCAGUUUAAAAAAUGUUUCAACAAAAGAUUGAGAUCCGAAAUAAGUGGAAGUUUGGUGGGAAGAUUUUUCUGGAAGGGAAGAACGCUUUGUUACCAGCUGGUGGAGCAUAAGUGGUUUGAAACUUUCAUCAUCUUCAUGAUCAUCUGUAGCAGUCUGACACUGGCGAUAGAAGACAAAAACAUAGGCGAAAAACCUCUCUUGAAAAAGAUUUUGAAAUAUUUGGACAAAUCAUUCAGCAUCAUCUUCGUAUUUGAGAUGCUCAUCAAACUGAUGGCGUACGGAUUCAAGAAGUAUUUCACUGACGCCUGGUGCUGGCUCGAUUUCAUCAUCGUCGCUAUUUCUCUGAUAAGUCUUGCAGCAGAAGGUGCAGGAAUGGGAAACAUCGGGGCUUUCAGAGCCUUGAGGACAUUGAGGGCCUUAAGGCCCCUUAGAGCUGUUUCGAGAUGGGAGGGAAUGAAGGUAGUAGUUGUGAACGCCUUGAUUCAAGCCAUCCCAGCCAUCUGCAACGUUCUUCUCGUCUGCUUGGUUUUCUGGCUCAUAUUCAGCAUCAUGGGUGUCAACUUAUUUGGAGGUUGCAGCUUUGGGAGGUGUCUAGAUGAAACAGGCGAAGUGGCGAAUGUCAGCCUGAUAUACAACAAAAAUCAGUGCCUAGCGCUAGGUGGGUGGGACUUGUCGACGGCCAGUGACGUCAUGACCAGCGAUGUGCCGCCUCAUAAUUAUUCAUGGUACAACCCUAAAAUUAACUUCGAUCACGUUCCCGUUGCCUACCUCGCUCUUUUUCAAAUCGCUACAUUCAAAGGCUGGAUAGACAUUAUGAAUUACGCAAUUGAUAGUAAGGAGCCAGGGCUACAACCGGAAAGGGAAGUGAGGGUCUAUAUGUACCUCUACUUUGUCUUCUUUAUAGUCUUUGGAUCGUUUUUCACCUUAAACCUCUUCAUCGGCGUCAUCAUCGAUAACUUCAACAUGCAGAAGAGGAAGUCUGGCUCUCAACAACUAUUCAUGACGGAGGACCAAAAAAAAUACUACAACGCCAUGAAGAAACUCGGCUCGAAACAGCCGCAGAAACCGAUACCUAGACCGAAACUAAAAUGCAGCAUGAUCAUCUUUCAAGUGAUAUCCAAUCAGAAAUUUGACGUAGCUAUCAUGAUAGCUAUCCUCCUUAAUAUGAUAACGAUGGCUGUCGAACAUUACGAACAACCAGAGGAACUCACAUUUUACUUGGCGGUCGUCAAUCAGAUAUUCAUAGCGAUAUUCACGAUUGAGUGUCUGAUGAAGUUGAUAGCCCUCCGGUGGUACUACUUCAAGCAGCCUUGGAACGUUUUCGACUUCAUCGUCGUUUUCAUGUCCAUAUUAGGUCUAGCAAUGAAAGAAAUCAUCGAGCAGUAUUUCGUCUCACCGACUCUGCUUCGAGUUGUUCGAGUAUUUCGAGUCGGUCGAAUUUUGCGACUAGUCAAAUCGGCCAAAGGAAUUCGCACGUUGCUAUUCUCACUGGCUGUUUCACUGCCGGCUCUGGUGAACAUCGGUCUCCUCUUAUUCCUCAUCAUGUUUAUCUACGCCAUUUUCGGCAUGUCCUUCUUCAUGCACGUGAAAUACAACAACGGCAUUGAAGAGCUGUUCAACUUUGAAACUUUCUUCCGCAGUAUGACGCUACUGUUUCAGAUUUCUACAUCGGCUGGGUGGGAUGGGGUGCUGGCCGGUGGUGGAGGUGUUGUGGAUGAAGCGAGCCACACCAGCGAUCCUGACGAUCGACCGAACGGAGAUUGCGGUAAUUCAGGGAUGGCCGUACUCUACUUGGUCAGUUAUUUAGUGGUCAGUUACUUAGUAGUCAUCAACAUGUACAUCGCUGUUAUAUUAGAAAACUUCAGCCAAGCCACUGAUGACAUCCGACAAGGGCUGACACAGGACGAUUUUGACAUGUACUACGAAGUUUGGGAAAGGUUCGACGAAAAAGCCACACAGUUCAUACCAUUAGAAAUUAUGAAUCGAUUCGUCGAUGCGCUAGAACAUCCGCUCCGAAUACCGACACCGAACCGAUGUAAACUCGUCAGUCUCAACAUACCGAUAUGCGAGGGCGAUAAGGUCCAUUGCUUAGACAUUCUUGACGCCUUGACUAAGAACUUUCUUGGUACUAGCGGUGACAUGGGUGGCGAGUUAGACCGACUGAAGAAUAGUAUCGGUUAUAAGCCCAUCACCACUACGCUGAGAAGACGACGAGAAACUUAUUGCUCUGUCGUCAUACAGAGGGCUUGGCGUAAGUAUAAAAAUAGUAAUAAGGGUAAUGUAAAUAAAUAA